CUUUGGAAGAAAUUAAACCACAAAUUGCAGACGGCCAAAAGGUUAACUCGCAAGAACACAUCACUGUUGAGAGCCCACCAUCCUCUCUCACUUUCCUCUUCCCUUCCUUUCUUCAUCACAAACAAACGUCAGGCCGGUCUAGCUCACACUUCCCCAUUUUUCUCUUUAUCUUUUAUUUCCCAAUUUCCAUUUCGAUUUCUUGCUGUUCUCCAACAGUUUCCCUCCACCUUCCUCUUCCUUAUCCUCCCAACUCCUCUCUUUCUUCUCUGCCCGCCAUCUAAUUCUGGACUGAAGUGGAAUCGAGCUCAAAAGCUCAAUCCUUUACUCUUUCCAGCUGCCCCACGGAGCUCCUCCGUUAUGUGGGUUGGUGAUCUUCUGCGAUUUGAUUGUGUGGGCGAAGAAGGGUUUCGUUGAGCUUUGAGGAAAGGGUUGCAAGUUUAGAGCUUUGAAUCCGAUACUAUCUCUGCUGUAGCAAGUGGGUAUUUUCUUAAUUGCAAUGCCAGUUCUUCGAGCAAUCAACCGAAGGAAUAUAACUGAGUCUUUAAAUGGGCGGCAGCUAGGAAUGGAAUCAUGGUUUUAGUCUGGAGCUGACUUGAAUCCAGUUCCCUGACAAUUCUUGAAGAUUGAGUUUUUGCGCGUGAAGUUUGCAGAAUUCUUUGGGUUGAUUUCCUCAGUCCUUUAUGGGCAGGUCUGGGUUUGUGAUAUCUUCAUUUGUUUCUUCCUUAGUUUUGGUCGCCAUAUGUUGAAACUACUAGCGAUGUCCUCAGUAUGUUUAGAUCAUUAUCAACAAAGAUUGACAUGGAGAGAUUAAUUUCAUUAAGAGUAAUUGUCACCAUAUUGAGCCAAUUGUUAGCUCUACAGUUUCAACAUGUAUCUGCCUAUGGGCAUAAUGAGAUUCAAUCAAGGGUUUGUGGUGCUGAUCGCAUUUCCUAUUCGAAUAGUGUGGGUGGUGAAGGUUUCCUCAUUAAUGGAAGUGUUGUAGACUUAGAUUCACUAUGCAAGGCCCUCCAUUUUCACAUUGCGAGCGGCUGCAUCUCUGCCGAAGACUACUUUAUGAGCCUCUGUCGAUCCGAAUCCGAAUCCGAAUCCUCAUCAGGUAACCCACACCACAAGCCAGCAAGAAAGCUUCUACAAAAGGAGUUUAAGGAAGAAUCAUCCAAAGAACAGAAGGCAAAAGAUCCAAGUAAUAAUCUUUCCGCGAAGCACAUUGGGAUAAUAGCGACUGGAAUCAUUGCGAUGUGUUGUGGUGUGCUCUGCCCCUGUAUAUACAAGAGAAGGAAGGCUACUUCACACACUGUUCUUUCUAAGGAUCAAGUUUCAAUCGAUUCAGUUUCCUCCUUCGAUGCGCCGCCCUCUGUUCAUGAUAAAGUGCCUGCUAGUCCACUUCGUGUGCCCCCAAGUCCUUCUAGAUUCUCACCGUCCCCUAAACUUUCUAGACUUGGGUCGGUUCAUCUGAACCCGAGUCAAGUCACCAGAGCUACACGUAAUUUCUCUCAGUCACUGAAGCUAGGUGAAGGAGGCUUUGGAACCGUGUACAAAGCCCACCUGGAUGAUGGGCAGAUAGUUGCCAUAAAAAGAGCUAAAAAGGAACAUUUUGAGAACUUGCAAACAGAAUUCCUCAGCGAAGUUGAUCUUCUGGCAAAAAUUGAUCACCGGAAUCUGGUGAAGUUACUAGGUUUUGUCGAUAAAGGACAUGAGCGGCUUAUCAUCACAGAGUUCGUCCCGAAUGGUACCCUCAGAGAACACUUGGAUGGUCAGCGUGGAAAAAUUCUGGACUUCAAUCAACGGCUUGAGAUAGCCAUCGAUGUUGCUCAUGCUCUUACAUAUCUCCAUCUAUAUUCAGAGAAACAAAUCAUCCAUCGAGACGUGAAAUCGUCCAACAUUCUUCUAACGGAGAGCAUGAGAGCCAAAGUGGCUGACUUUGGAUUCGCGAGGUUGGGUGUGGACUCCGACCAAACUCAUAUCUCCACCAAAGUCAAAGGCACAGUGGGAUACCUCGACCCUGAAUACAUGAAGACAUACCAGCUCACCCCUAAGAGCGACGUGUAUUCAUUUGGGAUACUACUCUUAGAAAUUCUCACAGGCCGUCGUCCUGUGGAGCUAAAGAGACCUGCUCCUGAGCGAGUGACCCUUAGAUGGGCAUUCAAGAAGUACAAUGACCAUGCAGUGGUGGAGAUGGUGGAUCCUUUGAUGGAGGAAGUUGUGGACGCAGGUAUACUGAGAAAGAUGGCGACUUUGGCCAUCAGAUGUGCAGCUCCUGUUCGGAACGAGCGGCCUGAUAUGAAAGCUGUAGGAGAAGAGUUGUGGGGGAUAAGAUCUGACUACCUCAAGAGUUCUAGAGGAGGGUAGAAAGAAAUAUCAAUCAUGUCGCGGUCAAACAUGAACCUGGAGUCGAAUCUUACAAGCAUCUUCUUUCCCUGCUGCAGAAUCCCACAUUGUAAACAGACCCUUCUUUUUUCGGACGAAGUAUAGUUUUGAUUUGUCUAAGGUUGAUUCCCAUUUUCGGCGCAUUGUAUCAUUGGCUUGAUUGAGGUCGAUACAGAAGCUUGGCUGUGUAUGGUUACGUUCUUCUUCUUAUCCUUCAAGCAAGUUCUGGCUUCUCCAUGUCUAGAGUUUCUCCAAGAACAUGCUGCAGUCAAUUCGAGCAACAUAUUCCUAAUGUUGUACCAACUUUGAUAUUGAUGAACUUGUUGCAAACAUCCAAUUGUGACUACUACUGUUAGUUAUUCCGAAUUUGAUUGUGUGCAUGUUUAUUAAAAAUCGAAAUACAGUGAUGAAUCUAAUAAUGAUCUCAAAGUUUCAUGAUCAUUUAUGUAAUUGACCCUCUACUUCCGCCUCUCUUGUUCUUCUCGCUG